AUGGACAACUCAGAUGAUGUGGAGCAUCGAAGCUUUGCUUCUUCUGAAAUUGAUUUAUCUGAUGAUAUGAAAAUUUCCACUUGCAUCUCAAAAGAUAUAUCAAAAAGACCAUUGUAUGUAGAACCAAAAAGUGAAGAUGAAGAAUUUAAGAGUUUUCAACAAGAUAGUUUAGAAGAAAUUGAAAGAUUUCUUAGACAAAAUUCUACAGUUCAAUCUAGAAAUUUUUUAAUGAGGAUAUUUUUUAGACUAUUAAAGGAAUGCAUUUUAUAG